AUGAAAUCGGCUCUGCCACGUGUCUCCCUCGAUGGCUACCUCUUCGUAGCAAGCUCACUCCUCAUCAUCGGAGAGGACACCUUGGCGGCGAGCCAUCCUCUUUACCAGAUCGGCCGUGCGGUCAAGCAGAAUGGUGACCCCCACAUAGUGUGCCUCGAGACGAUCCACUCGCUCCUCGAGGUGUGGUCUCGAAGUGUCAAGCCAGCCUGGUGA